AUGGCUGAUCCUCUCUCUAUCGCAUCUGGAGUUGCCGGAUUGCUGUCAUUCGGUGUCCAAGUUACCAAAUCUCUAGUCGAUUUCUACUCCGCGUACAAGGAUCAGACUCCUGCUCUCGCUAAGAUGACACUGAAUCUUGAGAACCUUCUCGGCAUACUUCAGUCCCUCGAUAGCGCACGACAAAAUGGCCAUCCUGAGACGGAUGCCCUACUCCAAGAGAUCGAUAAGGCGGCAGUGGGAUGCCGUGAGAUUAUUGAGGAACUCGGGGACGAGUGCCAAAAGUUCCAAAAGGAUACCGCUCUAAGUUUGAAGGACCGAAUCCAAGUUGCGGGACGCCGGGCGACUUAUCCAUUUAGGAAAAGUACUCUACAAAAGCUUGAAGAAGACAUCGGCGAGAUACGGGAAAAUUUGUCUCUUGCAUUAAACGUGCUACAAGUUAGAAACCAGACUGGUCUUGAAGAUGGGAUAUCUGAACUCAAAAUAAUCGUCGAACGGACAAAUACGAUGCACAUCUCUGCUACGAUUCGUGGUUGGCUUAUGGCCCCAGAUGCGACCUUGAAUCACAAUGCCGCAUGCGAGAAACGUCAUAGCACUACAGGACUAUGGCUCGUUAACGGCCAGAAAUUUCAGAACUGGCUGGUGGAGCGCAAUUCCUUUCUCUGGAUCAAUGGCUUCGCCGGAUGUGGCAAGUCAGUCCUAUGCUCGACGGCGAUUGAACGUACAUUCCGUGAAAGGCAGCAUCGGCCUGGUGUAGGAAUCGGAUUUUUUUACUUUUCCUUUACCGACGAGUCUAAGAAAGAUGCUUCCGGCAUGUUACGUGCAUUGUUAUUGCAGCUGUCGGCUCAACUUGGAGGGGGCGAAAAAGAUCUACAAGAACUGCAUAAGUCGUAUAUGUCGGGUACUCCGCCGGUGGACGCCCUGCUUAACUCACUUCGUCAGACUGUCUCCAAGUUCAGCGACACCUACAUUUUGUUGGACGCAUUGGAUGAGAGCCCGCGAUACGAUAAAAGAGAGGGCGUUUUAGGUGCCGUGAAGAAGAUCCAGCAGUGGGACCUGCCCACUCUUCACCUCCUAGUGACUAGUCGUAACGAAAUCGACAUCCGCGAUGCUCUGGAAACUCCCUUCUGCCAGGGUAUCCCGAUGAGAAAUCCGGAGACGGAUACAGACAUCCAAAACUUCAUUUUAUACCAGCUCAGCAAUGACCCCAAGCUCCAACAAUGGAAAAUGCGCCAUGAAGAGAUUGAAUUGAAACUGACCAGUAAGGCGCAGGGAGUAUUCAGAUACGUCGAAUGUCAACUCCUUGCGCUAAAACGUGUCCGGAUCCGAAAUCAGCUCGAUAAAUGUCUUCGUUCGUUGCCUCGCGAUCUGGAUGAGACAUAUGAGCGAAUGCUGUGUAACAUUGACGAGGAAGACAUUGAAGAAGCGCGACUAGUAUUAACUUUACUUUGUGUGUCUAAUAAGCCACUCACUGUGAAGGAACUUACCGGCGCCCUUGCUAUUGAUGUCAAAGCCAGCGAGUGGCAGUUGGAUCGUGAGGGUCGAUCAUUUACCCAAGAUGAUCUUCUCGACAUUUGCCUUGGUCUUAUAGAGCUCGCAGUGAUUGAAGACGAGGACUCUGGAGAGGCAACUACGAUUGCUCGUAUAGCGCACUUUUCUGUACAGGAGUACCUUGAAUCAGACCGGAUUUUCCAACAAGGUGCAGCAAAAUUCAGGAUUCAAAAAGAACAGGCACACAUAGAGAUGGCUCAACUUUGCCUAGUUUACCUCCUGGACCCAACGCUCUCGAAUGGAGAAUUGGAUGAAGGAAAGCUGGAAAUUUUCCCUUUUGCUCACUUUGCUGCUGGUCAUUGGUUUUUCUUUUACAACAAUUCCGGGAAACAGAAGUUCAAUAUUGAAGACCUAAUUUUAAGGCUAUUUAAGGACCAGAGAGAGUCAUUUCUGACUUGGAUACGGUUGUGUGAUGUGGAUUCUUCCGAAGAGAAUCCCGGAAUCAACUUUACGCUUGAUAUCGAAGAUAUCCCGUCGCCUUUAUAUUACGCAGUUCUUUUGGGAUUUGAGCACAUCCUAAGUGUCCUUAUAGCGAGCUUUGGGGAGGAGACCGAAAUAACUACCGCCAUCAAUAACCAGGCUGGACUCUUUGGAAAUGCGCUCCAGGUUGCAUCAUCCGGUUUAACGGCCCCCGGCCUUCGGAGACAAUGCUAUGAAAAGGUGGUGCAUGAGAGGAUGGCCGCAUCAUACGAAGGCCAUGAGAAUUUAGUACAGAUCCUGCUAGAUCAUGGUGCCGAUGUCAAUGCUCUAGGGGGUGAUAGAUAUGGCACCGCGCUCCAGGCCGCAUCAUACGAAGGCCAUAGGAAUAUAGUGCAGACCCUGCUAUAUCAUGGUGCUGAUAUCAAUGAUUUAGGGGGUUAUAGAUAUGGCACCGCGCUCCAGGCCGCAUCAUACGAAGGCCAUGAGAACUUAGUGCAGACCCUGCUAGAUCAUGGUGCCGAUGUCAAUGAUCCAGGGGGCAAUGCUCCAGGGGGUAUAUAUGGCACCGCGCUCCAGGCCGCAUCAUACGAAGGCCAUGAGAAUUUAGUGCAGACCCUACUAGAUCAUGGUGCCGAUGUCAAUGCUCUAGGGGGUAUAUAUGGCACCGCGCUCCAGUCCGCAUCAUACGAAGGCCAUGAGAAUCUAGUGCAGACCCUACUAGACCAUGGCGCCGAUGUCAAUGCCCCAGGGAGAAUAUAUGGCAACGCGCUCCAGAUCGCAUCAUCCAAAGGCCAUGAGAAUCUAGUGCAGACCCUACUAGAUCAUGGUGCCGAUAUCAAUGCUCCAGGGUAUGAGAUAUUUGGCACCGCGCUCCAGGCAGCAGCAUACGAAGGCCAUGAGAACUUAGUGCAGACCCUGCUAGAUCAUGGUGCCGAUGUCAAUGCUCUAGGGGUUGUACAAAGCACCGCGCUCCAGUCCGCAUCAUACAAAGGCUAUGAGGAUUUAGCGCAGACCCUGCUAGAUCAUGGUGCCGAUGUCAAUGCUCCAGGGGGGUAUAUAUGGCACCGCGCUCCAGGCCGCAUCGUCUGA